UGUUUUGUGUUUUGGGUUAGUGGGCUCUUGUGGUGUGAUUUUGACAGAUCUGGUUUAGCUAAAACUUAAUGGUUGAUAUGAAAUAUUUUUGACUGUUUGCACUUGUGAUUUACAUGAAGAAUCUGUUGAACUGUUUCAGGAUUUGGUAAAGGAUUCAUUCCUCAAUUACAUUCCAUUUGUAGCUGCUGAACAAUGAGGGAGUGCAUUUCUAUACACAUUGGCCAAGCAGGUGUCCAGAUGGGCAAUGCAUGUUGGGAGUUGUAUUGCCUGGAGCAUGGUUUCCAACCAGAUGGGAGACUACAUGAAUCUAGUACUGCUUCCCUAGCUGAUUCCUCGUUUGGUACCUUCUUCAGUGAGACUGGCGGUGGGAAAUAUGUUCCCAGGGCUAUCUUCAUAGAUUUGGAGCCUACAGUUGUGGAUGAAAUAAGGAAUGGACACUACCGUCAGCUUUAUCACCCUGAACAACUCAUCAGUGGCAAGGAGGAUGCUGCCAAUAACUACGCACGUGGCCAUUACACAAUUGGCAAGGAGAUUGUGGAAUCUGUACUGGACAGAAUGCGUAAAAUGGCUGACCCUUGCAUUGGACUACAAGGAUUCCUUAUAUUUCAUAGUUUUGGAGGUGGGACUGGCUCUGGCUUUGCUUCGCUCUUAAUGGAGCGCCUGUCUGUAGAUUACGGGAAGAAGUCUAAACUGGAAUUCUCAGUCUACCCUGCACCCCAAGUGUCCACGGCAGUUGUGGAGCCCUACAACUCCAUCCUGACAACGCAUACCACUCUGGAGCACUCUGAUUGCUCUUUCAUGGUGGACAAUGAGGCCAUCUUUGACAUCUGCAAGCGUAAUCUUGGUGUGGAGCGUCCAUCUUACACCAAUCUGAACCGCCUCGUUGCCCAGAUCGUCUCCUCAAUUACUGCCUCUUUGCGCUUUGAUGGCGCACUCAAUGUGGAUCUGACAGAGUUCCAGACCAACCUGGUUCCUUACCCCCGUAUCCACUUCCCCCUGGUCACUUAUGCUCCCAUCAUCUCAGCAGAAAGGGCCUAUCACGAGCAACUCUCUGUUCCUGAGAUCACAAAUGCCUGCUUUGAACCGGCUAACCAGAUGGUCAAGUGUGAUCCCAGGCAUGGCAAGUACAUGGCCUGCUGCUUGCUGUACCGUGGUGACGUGGUACCCAAAGAUGUCAACGCAGCCAUCGCCCACAUCAAGACCUGCAAAUCCAUCCAAUUUGUGGAAUGGUGUCCGACAGGUUUCAAGGUGGGGAUCAACUACCAGCCGCCUACUGUUGUGCCUGGGGGUGAUCUGGCCAAGGUGCAGAGAGCUGUGUGCAUGCUGAGUAACACCACAGCUAUUGCAGAGGCUUGGAGUCGUUUGGACCACAAGUUUGACCUGAUGUAUGCCAGGCGGGCCUUUGUGCACUGGUAUGUGGGUGAAGGCAUGGAGGAGGGGGAGUUCUCUGAGGCCAGAGAGGACAUGGCUGCUCUGGAGAAGGAUUAUGAAGAGGUGGGGGCAGACUCUGGUGAUGGUUGUGAGGCGGAAGAGGAUGAAUACUAAAUCUGCCUCCCAACCAGCAUUUAUACUUGUUCUCCAAGCAGCCUCUUGUCUAAUUAUAAUAAAACUCAGUGUUUGAAUUCUU